AUGUCCCUCGGGGAGUCCUCAAAGUCUUUAGUGCGUCCAGAUUUUUUCCAUAUCAGUGGAUUUUCUAAUUUGCCUCAUGCCAAAUAUUACUUUUUUUUUUUGUGUUUAGUUUACGCUGUGACUGUAUUGGGAAACUCCUUGGUCACAUUUAUUAUUUACAUAGACCGUAGUCUACACACCCCAAAGUAUAUGGCAGUAUUUAGUUUAGCUAUAGCUGACUUGGGUGAGAGCACAGCUAUUUUUCCUAAUGUGGUUCAAAAUAUUAUAUUCAAUACACAUGAAAUUACCUAUGGUGCUUGCUUGGCCAAUAUGUUUUUUGUAUAUUUCUUCAACUCCGUCCAGUCUGUCAUGCUUACUGUUCUAGCGUAUGACAGGUUUGUUGCAAUUUGCUUUCCAUUGAGAUACCACAGCAUUGUGACGAAUAAAUCGAUGGGUAUUAUUGUCACUGUUGGAUGGAUAUUCAAUUGUACCUACAUGAUUGUUGGAAUAAUUUUCAUCAUCAAACUGUCCUUCUGUAAAUCUACAGUGAUCGAUAGCUAUUUCUGUGACCAUGGACCUAUAUACCGGUUGGCAUGUAAUGAUAAUACUCCAAGUAUAACAUUAGCAAAGGUAUACAUUGUAUUACAUCUAUUUUUACCAAUGUUUGUAAUUAGUUUAUCUUAUGCAAGCAUUUUGCUGGCACUGUCUAAAAUUGCCUCCUGGGAAGGACGUCUGAAAGCCCUAAAGACCUGUUUUUCUCACCUAAUACUAGUGUCAGUAUUUUAUAUUCCGUUACUGGGCAUUUACAUAGCUGGUAUCUAUAUUCCAAUUAACCCCAGUGCCAGGAUAAUCAAUACAUCACUCUCAUAUGGUGUUCCUGCCAUGCUGAACCCUAUUGUAUAUUCUCUGAACACUGCCGAGAUCAAAGAAUUUGUAAAAAAAAUGUUCGGAAGAAAUAGACAUAAGGGCAUAUGGACCCUGGAGGCGGACCACACCUUCCAGAAGCUUAAAGAUGCCUUUUGCUCCGCACCCAUCCUUCGACAACCACAUCCCGAGGAUCCUUUUGAGGUGGAGGUGGACACAUCUGAGGCUGGAGUGGGAGGCAUCCUCAUACAGAGAGACCCGCUUCUGACUGUGAUGGACCUGGCCGGGGUAUUUCUCAUCCCAGAGGAUGUAGUAUCGGAUCGUGGUCUGCAAUUCUCCUCGCAGGUGUUUCGUGCCUUCUGCGCUAAACUUCACAUCUCCCUAAGUCUGUCUUCUGCCUACCACCCCCAGUCCAAUGGACUGGCCGAAAGAACCAACCAGGAGAUCAUCCCCUGGGAUUCAACCACCAGUGAUGUGCCCCCAGUCGACGAGUGGUUCCAGAGUGCCCAGGAGGUGUGGCAUCGGACACAACUUGCCCUCUCUGCUCAAUCCUUGAGGACGAAGGAUGGCUACAUGGUGUUCCAGGUUCGAGCUCUCCUGGACUCCCGCCACCGUGCAGGGCACCUCCAAUACCUGGUUGAUUGGGAGGGGUUUGGUUCCGAGGAACGCUCAUGGGUCCCUGCGACAGACAUCCUGGACCCCAGCCUGGUGGCCGACUUCCACGCUGCCCAUCCAUCGUAG